GGCGCUGUCUCCUUCCCGCUGUCCCUGUGGUGGCCCGUGUCUCACCCGCGGGGAAAGAACAAGGGCAAGGGGGACCGGGCGGCCUCUGCUCCCAGCGGUGGGGGUGCGUGCGUACCAGACGGGGAUCGGGGCCGCUCCGCUAGUGCAGGGCCGCAGUGCGAGCAGGAGCCAUGGGCGGGACGUCCAGCACCCGACGGGUCACCUUCGAGGCGGACGAGAAUGAGAACAUCACGGUGGUGAAGGGCAUCCGGCUUUCAGAAAAUGUUAUUGGGCGAAUGAAGGAAUCUUCUCCACCUGGUUCAAAAUCUCCGAGUACCUCUCAUCAUUAUGAUUCUAAAGCUAAUGAAGAAGAAGUCAGAAGAGUAGCCGAAGAAUUGGCUACGAAAGAGUCUGAAAAUCUGAAAAGAAUAAAACACGGAAAAAUCCAGGCACGUGAGGAUAUCAACAAACUUCUGGAAAGAGAGAGGGCUAUUACCAAUGAGCAGUUAACUAGAGCCAUUCUUCGAGAGAGAGCAUCAAGUGAAGAGGAGAAGUCCAAGGUGAAGCAUUUGGCUAAGCAGCUGGAAGAGAAAGACAGAGUGCUAAAGAAACAGGAUGCUUUCUACAAAGAGCAGCUGGCUAGACUGGAAGAGCGGAGUGCAGAGUUUUACAAAGUUACCACAGAACAAUACCAGAGGGCUGCUGAGGAAGUGGAAUCUAAGUUCAAGCGCUAUGAGACUCAUCCAGUCUGUGCUGAUCUGCAGGCUAAAAUUCUCCAAUGCUAUCGGGAAAACCCUCAGCAAACACUCAGCUGCUCUACUCUGGCCAACCAAUACCAGCACUGUGUCAAUCAUGCCAAACAGAGCGUGCUUGAAAAGGGAGGAUAAAGCUGACUUUCAAAGCAAGCAAAAGCCUAUCAACUUUAAUUCCAGCAGUGGAGCAUUUUUUCCCCCAACAAUACAAAACCUAUUUAAAGGGCAGACCACUAAGGAGAAGAGCUGGGAGAGCCAAUUCAGCAGCAACAAACAUCACAAGUCAAUCAGCAGACACUUGAAAAGCCAAGACCGAUAUCUCAUUACAUCAGAAAUCUGACCUGUAAAAACUCAAGGCUGAAAUAAAAUGUUUUGUGGGUGGGUCAGGAGAAGAGGAAGUACAAGGUGAGAGGGAGGGCAGUGUCUGAGAGAGUGAGAAAUGAGGAAAAGCCCUGUGAAUGAGAGCUACCCCCCAGGGAACUAAAUUGUCUGAGCUUCCUAGAAUGCUGAUUUUGUCUUUUCUUUUGUCCUUUGAUAUAAGAGAAAUUUUUGUUUCUAAUUUAUUAUAGUGAUCAUGUAAUUAAGAAAAGGAAAAAAAUGUCUUUCUUUUGCUGGAAUAAUGUCUAUGAUUAUAGGUAAAAUAUGGCCUUCUUAUCAAUGUAAAAGCAUCUUUAUAAGUGUGUGUGUGUGUGUGUGUACGUACACACAUAUACACACACAUAUAUGUAUCAGUUCCUUUACCAUGAAUACUGACAACCAUGCCUCACUCAGUAUCAAUAAUAAAUAUAUUUUAUGAACAAGA